AAUCUGGUCUGUCUGUGUUGAGUCACAAGCCUGGUAGACUUGUUGACAUGUUUCUCUAUUGUGCCUUCUUUAACUAUUUUGAAGCAAUGACCUUAGGGCUCCUUGGCAAUAAUGGGAGCAGGCUGUGCCCUCUGCAGAUAAAGCACAAAGUACAAUCUUUUAAAAUGCAUCUGCCCUGUGUGUGUGGAAGUAAAAUCUAAACCAAAAUAGUGGUGCAUCUAGAGGAGUGGAUCACAUGCAGUUCUGGGACUAUGCUUCCUUUGGUAACUGUUGUCAGCAAGUGACGGUGUAUUCCAAUGAAAACCCUGCUGCAACCUUCCACUGUGGUGCCAUUGCCAUUCUACCAUACAGGGUGCACCCUGCUGUGGGACUGGUGGUGAAACCAUUCAAAAAGCUUCACGCUGCCAUAUGUCUCACCCCCUCCUUGAAGUUGUCAUUGGGGGAUCUAGUGCAGCAACUCCAUCCUCCAGGAGAAAUGUCCACGUGCCAACAUGGAUGACAAAAAGAGCGGAUGAAGACAGUGGCUGUGACAGUGAGAUUGUAAAUAGUAUGUAUGAGACAGACCCUGAUCUCCUGGCUGGUGAGAGUGCAGAGGAGGAAACAGAGGAUAGUAUUAUGUCCCCUAUCCCCGUCGGACCUCCAUCACCUUUUCCUACCAGUGAGGACUUCACCCCCAAGGAAGGCUCACCUUACGAAGCUCCUGUCUACAUUCCUGAUGACAUUCCAAUCCCGCCAGACUUUGAACUCAGAGAAUCCUCGAUUCCAGGGGCAGGGCUGGGGAUUUGGGCCAAAAAGAAGAUUGAAGUUGGGGAAAGAUUUGGACCUUACCUGACAAUACCAAGGACCACAUUAAAGGAAACAAACUUUGGAUGGGAGCAAAUACUGACUGAUCCUGAGGUGGCAUCCCAAGAGGGCUGUAUAAAAAAGAUCGCUGAUGACCUGGGAAAUGAGAAAUUCUGUGCUGAUGCUAAUCAGACUGGAGCUGGAAAUUGGCUGAAAUACAUCCGAGUGGCCUGUUCCUGUGAUGAACAAAAUCUAGCUGUAUGUCCCAUUAAUGACCAGGUCUAUUAUAAAGUUAUUAAAGAAAUUGAGCCGGGAGAAGAACUGCUGGUGUAUAUGAAGGAAGGUGCCUAUUCUCUUGGGAACAUGCCACCUAGUCUGGAAGAAGAGCACACGUUCCGUUGUGAGGACUGCGAUGAACUCUUCCAGUCAAAGCUGGACCUGCGGCGACACAAGAAAUACGCCUGCAACUCCGUCAGUUCGCUGUAUGAGACACUGAACGAGGAGAUCAAGCAGGAAGGGUUAGACGGGCAGGUCUAUGAGUGCAAAGACUGUGAGAGAAUGUUCCCCAAUAAAUACAGCUUGGAGCAGCACAUGAUCAUCCACACUGAGGAGAGGGAGUACAAGUGUGACCAAUGUCCAAAGGCUUUCAACUGGAAAUCAAACCUGAUUCGUCACCAGAUGUCACAUGACAGUGGCAAACGAUUUGAAUGUGAAAACUGUGUGAAGGUGUUUACUGACCCCAGCAACCUCCAGCGGCACAUCCGUUCCCAGCACGUUGGCGCACGAGCCCAUGCCUGCCCGGACUGCGGCAAAACCUUUGCCACCUCGUCUGGCCUCAAACAACACAAGCACAUUCACAGUACUGUCAAACCUUUCAUAUAUGCUUUAGGUGAGGUCUGCCACAAAUCCUACACGCAGUUCUCCAACCUCUGCCGCCACAAGCGGAUGCACGCGGACUGUCGCACCCAGAUCAAAUGCAAGGACUGCGGCCAGAUGUUCAGCACUACCUCCUCUCUCAACAAGCACCGGCGCUUCUGCGAGGGCAAGAACCAUUACAACCCAGGGGGGAUUUUUGCCCCUGGCCUACCUUUAACGCCCACCUCCAUGAUGGACAAAUCCAAACCCUCACCCAACCUCAACCAUGCCAGCCUGGGUUUCAAUGAUUACUUCCCAUCCCGACCUCACCCAGCGGGUAUUCCAUUCUCGCCUGCUCCCCCAGCAUUUCCUGCCCUUACUCCAGGAUUCCCAGGGAUUUUUCCUCCCUCUCUGUACCCCAGGCCCCCUUUGUUGCCUCCCACCCCGCUGCUCAAGAGUCCCCUCAACCACACCCAAGACGCAAAGCUUCCAAGCCCCCUGGGGAACCCGGCACUGCCUCUAAUUUCUGCAGUGAGCAACAGCAAUCAGCCCAUCUCACGGGAGGAGAAAUUUGAAAGCAGCCUGAAAAACUCCUACCUGGACAAGCUAAAAGCCAGGAACAGCGACAUGUCUGAUGGGAGCGACUUCGAGGAUGUCAACACAACCACAGGCACAGACCUCGAUACCACCACUGGCACUGGCUCUGACCUGGAGAGCGACGCGGAGAGUGACAGGGACAAAAUGAAAGACAAAAGCAAACAGACUGAGAACAAGCCAGAUUUUGUCAGCAGUUCUGUGUCCACCAGUUCCACCAACAAUGUGAACGAGCUCCCCCUUUUCUAUUCUCAGCACUCCUUCUUCCCUCCCCCAGAAGAGCAGCUGCUACCCACGACGGGGGCAGCCAAUGACUCUAUAAAAGCUAUUGCCUCUAUUGCAGAGAAAUAUUUCGGCCCUGGCUUUAUGGGAAUGCAGGAGAAGAAGAUAGGUUCCCUCCCAUAUCACUCCAUGUUCCCAUUUCAGUUCCUCCCCAAUUUUCCCCAUUCACUGUAUCCUUUUACGGACCGGACCCUCAAUCACAACUUGCUGGUCAAGGCAGAACCAAAGUCACCCAGGGACCUUCACAAAGUGGGUAGCACCAGCUCAGAGUCUCCCUUUGAUCUCACCACAAAACCAAAAGAGAUUAAGCCAAUCUUGCCACCACCCAAGGUCUUGCCGGCCCCAUCUUGUGGGGAGGAACAGCCACUGGAUCUGAGCAUCGGCAACCGCAUCCGAGCCAGCCAGAACGGAGGGAGGGAGCCCCGGAAAAACCACAUCUAUGGGGAAAGGAAACUAAUGGCCAGUGACGUACUACCCAAGAUUUCUCAGUCUCAGCUCCAUCAGCAGCCAUCCCUGCAUUAUGCUAAGCCAUCACCCUUUUUCAUGGACCCCAUAUACAGCAGGGUGGAGAAGCGGAAAGUGACAGACCCGGUGGGUGCCCUAAAGGAGAAGUACUUGCGACCUUCCCCGCUGCUUUUUCACCCGCAGAUGUCAGCCAUAGAAACCAUGACAGAGAAACUGGAGAGUUUUGCGGCCAUGAAAGCAGACACCAGCACAUCCCUGCAGCCCCUCCCACAUCACUCCUUCAACUUCCGGUCCCCGCCCCCUACGCUGUCAGACCCCAUCCUGCGCAAGGGCAAGGAGCGCUAUACCUGCAGGUACUGCGGUAAGAUCUUCCCCCGGUCAGCGAAUCUGACAAGGCAUCUUCGGACACACACAGGAGAACAACCCUACAGGUGUAAAUACUGUGACAGGUCAUUCAGCAUUUCCUCUAACCUCCAGCGGCACGUUCGAAACAUCCAUAACAAGGAGAAGCCAUUCAAAUGUCACCUGUGUAACCGAUGCUUUGGGCAGCAGACCAACUUGGACCGACACCUUAAGAAGCAUGAACAUGAGAAUGUGCCAGUGAGCCAACACUCUGGAGUCAUCACUAACCACCUUGGGACCAGUGCCUCCUCCCCAAACUCGGAGCCAGACAACCAUGCACUUUUAGACGAGAAAGAGGACUCGUAUUUCUCUGAAAUCAGAAAUUUUAUUGCAAAUAGCGAGAUGAAUCAAGCAUCAACUUUAACAGAUAAAAGGCCAGAAAUCCAAGACAUUGACAGCAACGCCCAGUGUCACGGGUUAGCAAAUGAGAAAACAGAAGAUGUGGAUGAGGAGGAGGAAGAAUUGGAGGAGGAAGAUGACGACAGCCUGACAGGGAAGUCACAGGAUGAAACAGUAUCACCCACGACGGAGCCCCGAGGAGCGUUUGAGGAUGAGGAGGAUGAAGAGCCCACAUCCCUCACCAUGAGCUUUGACCAUACCCGAAGGUGUAUUGAGGAGGACGAAGCCGGCUUGUUAGAUUUGGAGCAGAUGCCGAAUUUUGGGAAGGGGCUGGAUCUUCGCAAAGCAGCCGAGGAAGCAUUUGAAGUUAAAGAUGUGUUUAAUUCCACCUUAGACUCUGAGACAAUAAAACAGACUCUGUACAGGCAGGCUAAAAACCAGGCUUAUGCAAUGAUGCUGUCCCUUUCUGAGAACGCUCCCCUUCACACUUCUUCCCAGAAUUCUCUGGAUGCUUGGUUGAACAUGGCAGGAGCAGCCUCAGAGUCGGGGACUUUUAAUCCCAUCAACCAUCUCUGACGGGUCGAGAAGGCACUGGUUCAGAGUCCGAGUGAGGAGGAGGUGGUGCUGUGACUGCCCUAUCAGAAAUUCUAGCACGCAGAAGAUGGAUCAGAGGGCCUCGGAGUCGCCCGGGCUUUUGGCUGGGAGAAUAAACCUGUCACAUGUGACCUGCAGUUCCCAGAUUUGUAUCUAUCCACAGUUGUUCAUUUCUAAUUUGUUAGAAAGAAACUCUCCAAACUGGAUAGCCCUGAAGAAGCCCUAGGAUUCCACCAUCUCUAAGAAUAGUGUAAACCAUAAGUGAAUUGCAAUGGUGCAAUCAAAUACUGGCCCCUUUACAGUUACAAGACAAUAUAACUGAGCCAGCUGGUUUCUGCUUAUAAACUAAAACUUGAAGUCAUUCGACCCCGUGCCCCCCUCACACACCACAUUCACCUCAGCUGAAUAGCAGUUACAAGGGGUGGGAAGAGAUCUAGAGCUGACCAUCCCUGGUAUCAUUCUGAUAUAGUCACCAGAGUUAUACCAAGGAACGGUGAAUUUGACCCAUUUUACAUAACAUAGCGCUUUGAAAGAGCGUGAAAUUCUGCACCCCCCACAACAGCACUCCUCCUUACACUGCAAAGUGUUGUUGUGAGUCUCUGUUGUGGGAGGCUAUGCUCCCUGACAUGCAAUGUCCAAACAGGGCUAGCUUCUGCCAAGAGCACAAAUAAUUGGUGCAGAAGGAGUAUUGCUGGGGCUGCUCAUACAUGCACACAAAUACAUAGACAAUGCCCCGUAAGCUCGACCCUAGAAAGCUCCUGUGUAGUUUCUCUCCCAGAGGGUCUUUCAAAUGCUGUCUCUUCAAUGUUGGGGGAGAAACCUCUGCCCUGUGCCUUUGUGUUGGUUUGCUGGUGGUUGCUUAUGCCGGGUACCCUGCCAUCAUUUACCCCAUAAUUUUGAUAAUACGGCUAAAAAAAAUCCUUGUUUUUAAUAACCUUAUGAGUGCAGCUCAGCUCCUUAAGCAUGUGGCUAAGGAAAUGUAUUUUCUCUCUGGAUCUAAAAUUACUUGCAAUUUUUUACGGAUGAUUUUAAAUUGCUUUGAAGUCUCAGCUCUUUUGCUGACGUAAAGCAGCCUCCAGAAAUCCUGUGACAUUAGUUUGUGCUAUUUCUACAUUGUAAUAACAACCUGGUGUUCUAGCUGUGAUUUUUAUAGGUAAAGCUAAACCUGAACAUAAUUCUCGAAAGGGGUUAGAAAUAUUACAAAGAAUAACAUUGGCUACUCUGACAACGUUUGUAAUGUGUGUGCUGAGAAAGGCCUCGAUAUGGUGUUACAGAAUCAGGGUUGCCUGAAGGUAAGACAGGUGCCUGCCACCAAGUGACUUUAAGUUGAAUCAGGGGUGCUGCAAACUUGCCCAUCUGAGUGCUGCAUCAGCAACUCACCUAGGAGCCUCCAGAUGCUCUAAGGACCCAAUUCGGUACAAGCCUGACUCUACAUUAGCAGUUUUUCCCACUGACUUCAAUGGACUUUGGACCAGGCUCCAAACACCAGGGGCGGCUCUAGAGCCCAGCGGGGCAAGCACCCACCUGGGGCGGCCCUUUCCCAGGGGGGCGGCAGG